GCCUUUCCCCGGGCGCUGAUUGGUCGGGAGGGCAGUUCUCGCGAGACCCGCGCGCCAGCGGCCUGGCGGAGGCGGCGGAGGGGCCCGCGUUCGUGCGUCGGAGCCGGCAGCGCCGCGCGCUCGUAAGAGUCCAGGAUGAGUUAUGCAGAAAAACCUGAUGAAAUCACAAAAGACGAAUGGAUGGAAAAACUUAAUAACUUGCAUAUCCAGAGAGCAGACAUGAACCGCCUUAUCAUGAACUACCUUGUUACAGAGGGCUUUAAGGAAGCGGCAGAGAAAUUUCGAAUGGAGUCUGGAAUUGAACCCAGUGUUGAUUUAGAGACUCUCGACGAAAGAAUAAAAAUCCGAGAAAUGAUCUUGAAAGGACAGAUUCAAGAAGCCAUUGCGUUAAUAAACAGCCUCCAUCCAGAAUUGUUAGAUACAAACAGAUAUCUUUACUUUCAUUUGCAGCAGCAGCAUUUGAUUGAACUGAUUCGGCAGCGUGAGACGGAAGCGGCUCUGGAGUUUGCUCAGACCCAAUUAGCAGAACAGGGGGAGGAGAGCAGGGAAUGCCUGACAGAAAUGGAGCGUACGCUGGCUCUGCUCGCCUUUGAUAAUCCCGAAGAAUCACCAUUUGGAGACUUGCUUAACAUGAUGCAGCGACAGAAGGUAUGGAGCGAGGUUAAUCAAGCUGUUCUAGACUAUGAAAAUCGUGAAUCAACACCCAAGUUGGCAAAAUUACUGAAACUACUACUGUGGGCUCAGAAUGAGCUGGACCAGAAGAAAGUGAAAUAUCCCAAAAUGACAGACCUCAGCAAGGGGACGAUCGAAGAACCCAAGUAAAAUGUGUGCAGAUGGACAUCAAACAAUCUUAGUACUGCACAGUAUACGUUUAUAUCAGUCUGUGACUGAAAUAUUUUUACUACAGUACAGCACUCAAUUCAGAUUUUUCAAUGAACAUCUAAUUUGAAGGGAGAAAAGUCCCUUUUAAAUGCUGCAAAAACUGCAUUGAAAGGCGCUGUAUCUCUUUGAAAGUCUGACUUAGGCUAUGCACUAUAAUACAUUUUUAAAAAAAAAACAAUUAAACAGGACAGGAAAAAUAGCAUUUUUAAAAGUACAGAACUCAAGCUUUCUAAUUGGCUACUGAUGCCUAGUUUAGUGGCCAGUGAGUUAAUACGGAGUUAUAUUGGCAACUAUUCAGUUAAGUUUAACUGUCUCCUGUUUGAAAUGUGUAUAUAGAACAGUGAAUAUUUUCUACCUUUAAGUUAUAGCCAGAUAUACAUUCCCCUUAAAAGUAACUGGUCAAGUUUUCAUCUAUAAACUUUGCAGUAAGGUCAACCUUUCGCUUAGGAAAUAGUGUACAAACUUGUAAAGCAUAAUUUAAAGACUUUUUUUUUUUUUUUUUCCUUCCUUGUUUCUGACUUUUUUGGUGCUUUAUAUGGUGAGAGCUAUGUUCAUAAUGGAUCAGUGACCCAUCUUUUCAGGAGGAGUAUUGUUGGAAAUAAGGGUUGGUUUUUUUCCUUAAUUUUCACGGAUGACCAAAACGGCCCCCAGAGGCACUCGAAGGUUUUUGUUAACAGGGGCCUUUCUCCCCACGCCCCCCCCCCCAAGUUAUUUAAUUUGCAGCUGUGGAUGCUGCAGUGAUUCCACUAAAGCUUUGAAGGCCACUGGAUGUUUGUAAACUGAAAGACAGGAUUGUGUUAGGGAAUGAAGUGUGGGGGAAGAGAUGCUCGUUGAAGCCUCUGAUGCAUCCUCUUGUGCAGGAUCUGCCUUUACGCUUUGCUGAAUAAGUCGUAACUUUAGAGCUACUUGGGCUGUUUUUAUGCCUUGAGCUGAGCAGAGCAGGGCUGUCUAAAUCCAAAAAUUUCCAUUUUUUUUCGAUUCUUCCAUACCUUUCUGAAGAGAUGCAGUUCAUCUUCACCUGUAUUUGUUUACUGACUGUCCUCACUCCGCUUAGGAUUAUAGUUUUAAUGUUUUUCAUGUGAAGUCCAGACUUUCAAGUCAACAAAUGGUGAUCUUCUGGGUAUGGGAUGUUCUGGUCGACCUAAUUUUGCAGCACUGUCCACUGGUGUGUACCCAGCGGUAGGAAGCACUAAUUUUGCCAAAUCAAUCUCGAGAUUUUUUUGGUUCCUAUAUCAAGUUAUUACGGAUUUGCUCAACGAAAACCGAGCUGGUGGGUGAGAUAGCUUGACAUCAUGAGACACUGGCAGUUGUCACACCGGUCCCAUACUGUACAUAAUCUAGUCUUGUAUGGUAGAUAUUACCCUGUAGAAUGAAACUUAGGUUUUCACUUAAUUUUACUGGAAUACUUACGCAUUAAACUGUAUAAAGCUUUGCAGAUACACCUGACUUAUGGAAACUAACAAAACCUGUUACUGAUUGCAUUACUGUGAACACUGUUUACUUGUGUAGCUAUUUUUUUUUGGGGGGGUGGGGAGGGAAACUGUUAAGCAGCUGUUAGAGAUGCGGAGCGCCAAGGUUAAGCUAGAUGAUGGAUAUCACAAAAUUUAUUUGUUCCCAUUUAUUUCUGAUGGUUCUGUUCUCCACUUUGAGGUGUUUGUGGUAUGGAGGUCUUAAAGUUUAUACAUAACAAACAAGCUAUUAAUGGCCCCCCGCCCCCCAACUACAGCAGGGGUCUGGCUUUCCUUCACCCAGGCUGGUUAUUCUAACACCAAACUUUUAACAGUUGUGGUUUAUUUUUUUUAAUUUUUUUUUUUUUGCUUUUUCCAGUCGGUUGAUGUCUAAAAACCGUGUAUAACUUUUAGUUUGUGAGAAACUGUAUGGUUAAUGUAACUUUGUUUAAUAACAAACUGCAGAAAACAAAAACUGGAAUAGCUCUAAUUUCUUCACAUAGAACCGAUCAGCUUUUCCUCUCUUCUGACGCUUGUGGUGUUAAAUCUCAGCUACAGCUUCUCCCGGAUGAAGUGGAAAGUGGUGCGUUUUUGUGGCAUGAACUAGCAUUUUUCUCCAUGAGAAAUGCAGUAUUACAUCCUGGCUGAGAAGUUCACUGUAUUUCUAGAACGCUACAUUAAUUUCGUAGAGUUUUUGGGCAAAGAUUGAGCAUAGAUUACUUGAAUUUUCACUAGCUUGUUUCUUUUUCCAUUAAAAAAUAAACAUGUUUUUUAAGGGGUUUAAUAUAAAAUUAGUAUAGAACUAUUUCACUUUGUUUUUAUGAACAUGCCACAUUGAUAAGCAGCUUUAAUCUGUAAAGUUUUUGGUAACUGCAAGAAAAUAUUCGAAAGCUAUGCAUUUUAGAGAAAGCAUAAAGGUAGUGAUAAUGGUACUUCUAAGGAUCUUUAUAUUAGUGUAUAUAAAAUAGUUUGCAUAUACAAAUAUAAUAUAUAAUCUGUUUGAAAUAUUCUUGAAUGGUAGGGGCUGUGAAACAUAUUAUAAUUUAUGGAAAUAUUGUACACAGUAAACAGACCUCUCAGUACACGAAUGAACUUUUGUCAUAUGCAUGAGAAAUGUCUUAUUUGGUGACUACUAAUGAAUGGGAUUUUGUUAACCCAUUUUUGUUAGAUAACCACUUUAACAAAUACUAUUAAAUGCCACUUUGAUCAGUUUCCUUUAGUGUAAAAAGACAUAUUUUGUUCCACUUAAUUUAGAACAGUAAUGAAAAUAACUUUUGUAAAAAGGUUUGUUCCAAACUCAGCAGUGGCAAACAAAUCUGGUCAUUAAUUGUACACUACGCUCAUUCCUCCCCGGCCUUUCCUCUCUUGGAAACAAUUUUAUUUAUUUUUUUUAUAUUAAUGCCAUGGACACAAAGCAGUUGGGUUGGAAAAUAACCUGUCUUUUAUGCCUCUGCAGCAAGGCUGAAAAAUCCAGUGUGUUUUGUUUGGGCUACAAAUCUCUGCCCUUUUCCCAAACCUCCUGCAGAACCGUCGUCUUCGCUGUGACCGCCUUUCCUUUCUGCCUGAUGGUUGGGAGCUGAGCUGAGCUGUGGCUGCUUCUGUUGUACAACGGCGUCGUGUUUGAAGGGUGGGGGACAAUGGAUUUCCACCAAGAUGAAGUAACCGGUGGUACUUCCUGAGAAAUGCUCACUGAACUGUUUAAUUUUUAUUGAGCUGGAAAAACAGGCUGCUGCGCAGAAACCAACAGCCGAAUUUUAAGUAAGGCAUUUCCUCUCGAGGGUUUUGAAGAGGCAAACUCAUACAGCUUGAAAGCAGGUGAAGUACCUCUCGCUCUUUAAGAUGAGUUCAUUGAAACGCUUUCAGCUCCUUCCACCCACGUGAAAAGAAAAAUUGAAAUGAACGUGGAGAGCACUUCUGUAGCAUUUGAGAUGUGUGGAAUUACCUGGAAAGAAUUCUGUCUCCUUCCCGCUCCUUGUACGUGUAGGGGAAGCCAUUACAUUAUUCUAGGAUGAUUUUACUGUUUUUCAUUUGUAAACUUCAUGCUUUGUACGCUUGAGUAUGAGCUUAAAAGCAUUACUUAAAAAAAAUCCUUGACUAGUA